GACUUUACAAAAACUUAUGUUGAUCCGUCACGUUUACGCGUAUGAAUAUUAUCACAGGUCACGGUGCUCACGAACACAAACGUCACGUGUUCUACUAAUCUGUCACGGUGCUGUCACGGGUAAUGAACUGUCACUUAGUUCACACCCCCACGAUUACCUAAUUUGGCAAGCGAACGCACAGACGAAGGACGGAGAGCACCCGAACACUCAACGGUACGACCGAAAGGCGAAAACACGGAAAAUUUAGAGACAUCUUUCUCGUCAGCUGAAGUACAAGAUGACUGAGAACUCAGAGCGAAGAUUUGAAUUCAGCCAUGAAUAUGACACUGUUGAAGAAAUCUGUAAAACAAUUCUUAAUCAGACGGCACAUAGACCUACCAUUGGUAUCAUAUGUGGGACAGGCUUAUCAUCACUAGGAGAUAUUGUUGAUGAUAAAGUUUGCAUUCCGUAUGAGAAAAUCAAGCAUUUUCCUAAAAGCACAGUUCAAGGACAUGCUGGACAGUUUGUAUUAGGCACUCUUAAAGGCAAAUCUGUGGCAAUGAUGCAGGGGCGCACACAUUUGUAUGAAGGAUACACAGUUGGACAGAUCACUCUUCCUGUGCGUGUCAUGGUUCAUCUUGGUAUCAAGACCCUCAUUGUCACCAAUGCUGCAGGAGGACUUAAUCAGAGUUACAAUGUUGGUGAUAUUAUGAUUGUCAAGGACCAUAUUAAUCUGGCUGGACUCACUGGAGAGAGUCCCUUGAGGGGUGUUAAUGAUGAGAGGUUUGGCCCCAGAUUUCCAGCCCUGUCUGAUGCUUAUGACAGGUCUCUUGUUAAAACUGUUCUCCAAACGGCCCAAGACUUGGGCUAUAAACACUUUGUUCGAGAAGGAGUUUACGCUGCUCAGGUCGGACCUGCAUUUGAGACUCCAGCUGAAUGUCGAUUCUUAAGUAUGGUUGGGGCAGAUGCAGUUGGAAUGAGCACAGUUCAUGAGGUGGUGAUAGCAAGGCAUGCCGGGAUCAAAGUUUUGGGAAUCUCAUUAAUCACUAAUGUUGCUGUCAUGGGUUAUGGUGAGAAUGGUACUGCUGCUAAUCACAUGGAGGUGCUAGAAACAGGAAAGAAAAGAUCUGCCGACAUGCAGAAAUUGGUGUCAACUGUUGUGGGAAAAAUUGAAACUGAAAAAUAGUUUAAAUUAACACACUUACAUGUAUUUAGGGUAAAAAACUGAUUGUUUUUAGUGUAACAUUUUCUCACAAUUCACUGGCUGAGGGGUAUAUGCAGGGGAUGGGUGAGUGGGUGGUGUGGUUUGACAUAUCUUGUAAUUUGUGAAUACAUAGAAUUCAUUUGGAGUGAGCUCAAGUGCACUUAGCAUGUUUGAAAAAAAAACAUUGUGUCUGUAUAAAUCUGUGGAGCCUAGGUUGUUAAAAAAAAUUAUUCUUUUAUAGCUUUUCUGUGCCUAGGGCAUGAUUUGGAAACAGUUACCUUAACUGGUUAAAACUGGUUAUAACUGGUUACAACCAGUUAUAACUGGUUACAUACCUGCCAACUUUUUGCAAGUUGCAAAGACAUAAGAUUUUAUCCUGGGAGUGCCAGGAUUUUGUAAGAUGACCCAUUCAUAACCAAAGACGUUCUAAAUUAUAAUAAUUUCUGAAGUUAUAUUUUGCCAAGACCUGAUUUUGCCAGUACUUUUCUGUUCUAACAUUGGAGAAUCUGGAUACAGGUACAUACAGUCAUUGGACUUUUCUUUAUAAUAAGUUACUAACAGUGAUAUUCUGCAUAAAUUUGUCAAAUUUACAGUACAUGUAUUUCAGGCAAGGAGUUGGCAGGUGUAUUCUUCGAGUGUCUCUUAAACUAUACAUUAAGUUUGUAAACAUUUGGUUGUAGGGAGUGUGGUCAGGGGAAGGCCACUUAGCUCUCGUUAUGGCUUGCCACUACUAGGAGAACACUAAACCUUAUAGUGGCACACUGCUCAACAGUUAUCAUGUCACCACAAACUAAGAUAUGAAAGUUAGAAGUACCACUGACAGGCAAUCGAAUCAGAAGGUUUGAUUUUGGGAGUUUAAGGUGAGCACCUGGUCCAGUGUUGUUCCUGUAGAAGGGUCCCUUAGUACUUUCUAUUAUGAAUGAGAAAUUGAUUGUAACAGUAGUCCUUAGGUGGGGUGGUUACUGUAUGAAAUGCACCAACACAUGAACAAUUUGAUCUCAACCAAAAGGAGUAAGGCUCUCCGGGCAACUGAGAAGUUCCAUCCCAUAAAUAGGGCUACACCUAAGGGCAAUGAUUCAAUUCUGUUGAACAAUUUUCAUAUGGUAACUAUUAAAUUUGUCUAUAGAAUUUCUGUGGAGCAAUGUGAAAUAUUUUUAAGGGGGACUCUCCUUUGGUGCGUUGAAAGGGUAAUUUUUACAAUUAGACUAGAACUGUACAAGAUAGUAACAUGCAAGAACUUGAAAGUAAUUUUAGUUAUAUUACUGACAAUUAUUAAUUAAAAGUAAUCUUACCAUAUGGCUCAUAUUUGUAGCCAAUAUAAUGUGCAAGUGGUUGACUAAUUCUAGGGCAUUAUUUAGCUCUUAUUAACCGAGCUGGAGGUCUGUAUGGGAGAAUCUUGAC